GGUUAACCUUUUCUUUUUUAAAUACACCGGACAAAACAUCAAUGCCUCUUGGCGUAAAUAUAGUCUACCUUUAUUUCAGCAUGGUCUAAACAUUGCAUGCCAGACUCCUUUUGCUUUUAUUAAAUCUUUCAAGGACGUCACUUUCUAUGGCUUGGAUGGAUUGCAUAUGGUCAAAGGAUGGGGAGAGAUGAUAGCCAAAGAGUUUAAAAGGGCAGUCACCUCCCAAUUCUACUUUACUCCCAUUCAGCGCACUCAGAUUACCGAGGCCUUGAGAGUGGAUCGCAUAAGUAUACCCGCAUUUUUCGAUUCCUCUUUUAGGUCACUGUUUGUCAGUGGUAGCUCGUUUCGUCCUGUUGGCUAUAUUGGAUUUCUGUCAUAUAUUGUACCCAUCUUGGCGCACGAAUUUUUCAGCAGCGAUCCCAAAUCUAUGAAUGCACUUGUCUCGUUAGCAACCUUGGCCCUGAUCAGCACGUCGUGUGUGGGGUAUUUUGCUGCAGGAUAAAGUUGAGCUCAGGGAGGCCGUUGACACCUGUAAAAGGUACGUCAUGUUGCUCAAUGCACGCCACGAUUCUGGGGACUCCAACCUUUCUGCCAAACAGCCGCCCAGCAUGCACUACCUCCUCCAUGUUCCUGAUUUUAUCGACGCCAUUGGCCC